AAUAAUUCUCUAUCUAAGAUGACAUAUACUAGCAGUGGAACAACAACAACGACUAACCCUCAAUUUUCACCACCAAACCAUGAUGAUAGAUGAAGUAUUAGAAGAAACCUUAAUUUAAUUUUCCACCAUGGAUGGCGUAUUCAACCUCCCUGAAGCCACCAGGAGCGACUUUCUCCGCUCUCUCUUGCACACUUUUGGUUGCACAUACAUAUGCCUCUGGCACUGCCACUCAUCAUCUAAUAAUUUAUUGUUCUUGGAUGGGAUUUACAAUAAUGUAAGUAGCACCGUAGCUGAAGAAACGCUUUUUAAUCUAUAUCAGCGUUUAACCUUUGAUGCCGCCAGUGAUGAGUGGGUUCCUGGUGCGGCUUUCAGGAGGCAAAUGGCCUAUUUAGAGCUUCAACAAUUGGAUCUUCUAAGACUUGCAUCCGCAGUUAUCCAAACACAAUUCUAUCUGGAAGCAAGGAUUGAGAGAGCUAUUUUCAUGGGGUGCAGCAAAGGGGAAAUUGAGCUUGGUUUCUCCACUAUCCCUCAAAUUGACAUGAAAGCAGCAGUGAAGAGUUUAUUCCCAGAAGAUUUUUCAAGACAGCAGAUUCAUCAUCCAGCUUCAUCGUCUUCAAGCUCUUGCCCUAGCCAUGAAUUCUCAUCCUUACGAGGAGUAUUGUUACCCGCACCAGAGGGUGAGCAAGAAGCAAUCAUAAGAGCAAUCCUUCAUGUUAUUUCUUCUUCUUCUUCACCCGCCACCGCUACUUCUCAACCACCACCAUAUAAUAAUAGUGCUUUCAGGGCAUAUUCUUCAACUGCUUACAAUUUAGUAACAAGUAGCAGCAGCAGCAGGUUUAGUUUAAUGAAGAGAUCUAUAGAAUUCUCUAGAACCCUACAUUUAAUGAGAAUUAGAGACCGCUUUCAUUUCCAACAUCAACACCAACUGCCUCAUCAUCCCCUCAUCAUUGAUACCCAGAAUGCUAAUAAUAAUAAGCAUCUUCGUCACAUCAUAUUAGAGAGAAGAAGACGCGAGAACGAAAACAAGUGUUUCCGGGAACUUAGGGCAUUACUUCCUCCAGGAACGAAGAAACACAAAUCUUCGGUUCUUACAGCGGCAAAGGAGGCAUUGAAGUCUUUAAUUGCUGAAAUUGAAAAGCUUAACAUAAGAAACCAGCAGUUAAAAACACUACUUGGUUCAUCAUCAUCAAGCUAUGUUAAUGUUCAUAGCUCCUCAUCAUCAUCAUCAUCAAAUGAGAGAUUGAACGUUGCGGUGUCACAUGUAGCGGGGUCUUGUCUCAUCAUCGUCAAUCUGAUAUUAUGAUUCGCAUAUUGGAAUUCUUGAAAAACCUUCAGAACCUCAGCUUCGUUUCCAUGGCCACAAACACUAGUACUAAUACACAAGGCACAACCAUCAACCAAAUCAUCUUCAGAUUAAGGAUUCUUCAGGGAAGUGAAUGGGACGAGUCUGGCUUCGUGGAAGCAGUGAGAAGAAUUGUGUCUAACUUAAUACGUAAUUGACAGUUAAUUAUCUUGUAAUAUGGUGGUGAAGAAUAAGAAUCACUGAGUUAAUUAUUUUCUAAUUUUUAAGUAUUUAAAUAUUAAUUUUAGUAUUUAUUAGUUAAUUAGAAUUUUUGUAGAAAAGUAUCAAAUUAUACACAAUAAUUUUUUUUUGUUUGGGGAGGGAGCUUUUCUCUAUUAAUUUUGUAUAAUUGUAGAAAUUUUUGUACCAUUAUUGAAUUAUAAAUUGUGAUGCUUUAAUAA